AUGACCACUCUGCCACACCAAGACCAGAGCACGAAUGAUCCUCUUACAAACGGGAACACCAGCAAUGGAUAUGGAACAGAUAAGUUGUCACGAGCCACUGAAAUAGAACUCCUCCUCAAAGCGGUUCUUGCUCAACUAGUUCCGUUUCUCCACUCUGCCGACCAAGAGCUACAAGCGCAUCAGGCCAAUGAUGAUGUGGACGAAACCUCUCUCGUAGACACAAAAUCACCGUCCGAGCUGAAUUACACCCUCACCGAUGACGGGACAUUAUCUCUGCCUAAAUAUGGUUCUAGUCAGCUAGGUCUACUGCAUUCCUUGCGCUCCAUACUGUCAUAUUCAGUCAACACGUCUUCGCCAGGUUUUCUUGACAAACUCUACUCUGCGCCACUUGCACCAGGGAUUGCGGCAGAACUGAUACUUAGCAUACUGAACACGAACGUUCACGUAUACCAAGUCAGCCCUGUCCUCUCACUUAUAGAAACUCAUGUCACCAAAGCCCUCGCCUCUCUCUUCGGGUUUACAGGUCCGAGGACAGGUGGAAUAAAUGUCCAAGGCGGUUCGGCAAGCAACACGACCAGUAUCGUUGUUGCCAGAAAUACGCUCUACCCCGAAACAAAGAUCCAUGGUAACAAUGUUAACGGACUAGACCUCGUACUCUUCACCUCCGAACACGGCCACUACAGCAUCAGCAAAGCUGCACAACAAUGCGGCUUCGGUAGUGCUGCUGUCAUUUCCAUUCCAGUUGAUGAAGUGACCGGUCAAAUUAUGCCCUCUAGGUUCGAGGAAUUGGUAAUCGAGCAGAAGACCAGAGGCAAGACCCCUUUCUAUGUCAAUGCAACUGCAGGUACGACGGUGCUUGGGUCGUUCGACCCGUUCACGGAAAUCUCUGCGAUUGCCAAGAAGCAUGGGCUGUGGAUGCAUAUCGAUGGUGCAUGGGGCGGGGGCUUCGUAUUCUCCGACGCACUCCGACAAAGAUGGUUAAAAGGAACGGACUUGGCUGAUAGCAUUGCCAUCAACCCACAUAAAAUGCUGGGUGUUCCUGUUACCUGCAGCUUCCUGUUGCUGAAGGAUUUGCGGAGGGCUGAAAGGGCGUGUACAUUGCGAGCAGGCUACCUGUUCCACGAUGUUGAGGAGGAACAAGAUUCUGAGAACGAUGAGACUUUAGAACAGAGGCAGGUGGAAUCAAAUGGCCAGGACUCUCUUCAAAGCACCGUCGAUGACGACGAGAGCGAUUGGAACGCACCAACCGAUCUUGCAGAUCUCACCUUGCAGUGCGGCCGCCGUGGCGACAGCCUGAAACUCUUCCUCAGCUGGCAGUACUAUGGAACAUUGGGAUACGCGUCAAAGAUCGAGAAUGCGUACUCGAUCGCAACGUAUUUCGCGGAUGUGGUUUCGAAGAACCACAACUUCCUACUUGUCAGUGAGAACCCGCCGCCGUGCUUGCAAGUAUGCUUCUACUACGCACCUGGUCAAAAAUUGGUUUACGGCGUCUCGAAAGAUGCGACUGAAGGCGAUAAAACCAAAGCUGGCAAGAAAAACUCGGUGGUGACAUCGAGGAUCACACGAUCCUUAGUCCGGAAGGGUUUCAUGGUUGACUUCGCACCGGCAUUGGGACAUGAAGUUGAGAAGGGGACAUUUUUCCGAGUGGUGGUCAAUAUCAGUACGGUCAGGGAGACAGUGGAUAGAAUCGUCAGGGAUAUAGAGGCAGUAGGCAAGGAUGUGGUGAGAGCGCUGGGUACUGCUCGUGCUUCAGCUUGA